AUGGCUCCCCAGCCCUCAAAUACACGUGCUGCCCAGCUCACAACAUCUGGAUUAGGCGCCCAAUUCGUCAGUCCACGGAAACCCAGAAACAAACUCAAGACCCAGACGUUAGUCGAGCUGCCCGGGCAGAAAGCAAAGCAAGAUAAACUACAAGCCAAGUUAGCAGCCCUCCUCGCAGGAAAAUCAACUUCAAGUUCUGAACCAACCACUACUUCCACCUCACCUGAUAUCGAGAACACUCCCGCCGAUGCUUACGAGGAUUCCUUCAUCGAAAACGAAGUUUUUCCACUUAUCCAACCUGACGAAUCUGUUCCGCCACUAAACACCUCUGAAUGUAUUAAAAGUCAUCGAAUUCUACCUGAUGUCGCCGCCGCACGCUUAUACGAUACCUGGAAAACACUGAUACCCACACUCGUUGAUGUUCAACUCGGGUAUACUCAGAGGACCGUCGGCAAGAUUCUCGAGCGACCUUCAACGGUCUUGUCUGCAUGUCGCUCCCAGAAAUGUGCACAAAGGUGCACGACCUUGAUUGGACUAUUCUUCGAUAUCCUGAUUCUGCACGGUUUGUUCCCCACUUCACCCUCCCAGCCGCGUAUGGCAGUGUCUACGGACUUGCUCGCGUUCUAUCGCGCGCUUUUCGAGCGCUCCUGUGAUGCUGUAAAUGCACUCGCAUCUGCCCUUCACACGCAUUACGUCCGUAGAGGUUUUCGUAUGACCAAUGGCAAAGGCGAAUUCAUUCAAGAGCCUUUCCGGCGAAGUCUUGGUCAAGCCAUUCUUUGGUUUGACGUCUUACAGGUGGAGCUUGAAUCCCAGCUUGAACGCGCUGUUCAAGCAAGCCGAGACCUCGUAGAGGCCUCUCGAGAACCUCCAGAGCAUCCCGCACCAUUUAUUCCCACUGUAGACGUGAUUCCACGCGAGCGCUGUGCCGCGAUCCUUCUUCAGCGUUGCCCUGCCUGUUUUGGAGGAGUCGUCUUUGGCAGGAAGCUGGAAGAAGGCGGUGAUAUUCAUGUCGCUACUGAUGGGAACUUCCAUCAUCGACAUCGGUGUUCAGCAGGCGAUUCACCUCACUUCUAUGAUCCCUCCUACUUCUUACCGAAAGCUCAGGUCGACGCCAUUGGUCGACACAUUGAUCGCACUCGCAAGUCUGCUCCAAAGCCACAUGCACCACUUGUACCUCAUGAGGCUAUCGACCUGUGCGAGAAUUCGUACGAGGCCGCCGAUGGGAAGAAGCAGAAAGCAGCCAUGGACAGCUUCGACGACACGGGAGUCAUGGCAUUGAUAUGUCGACACGACAUUCCCCUCUUCUUUGCAAACAUUGACACCCCAGGUGAGCAGCAAAAAUAUGCUGUCGCCCUAAUCGAUCACCUCUUUGCUUUAAUACCUGGAGGCGCAACAGUCGUUACUCUGUAUGAUGUGGGAUGUGUUCUUGCACGAUCUUUAAGUCAGUACGACAUACUUGCCGAAACUGUAACGAAGCGCUUGCGAUUCGCAACCACCGCAAUGCAUGCCUAUGGGCAUGAAUGGUCGUGCCAACUUAUUUAUAACCCACAAAUAUGCGAAGGUCUUGGCCUUUCAGAUGGAGAAGGCACUGAGAGACUAUGGUCGAGGUUUAUCCGCUUGAUAGGUAUCCAGCGCUCUUCGUCAAGACAACGUCGGUUAUGGCUACUUGACCGACAAGCUGCUGCUAUCGGUCUUGAGAUGCGCGCUGACCUUGGGGACUGGAUCCGGCGUCGACUUAAACGAGGGAUUGAUGAGCAAGGGACAGCUGCACAGGCCACGCUGAGUGAGUGCGAUGCGACAAUUGAAGAUCUGCGACAUCAAUGGGCUCUGCAACGACAGUCACAGUUGUCUAUCCGUGCUCAUGCCCCUGCUUGGCUCAAGAAAGAGCUGGACACUGUGUUUGCCCUCCAAGGUGACCUUGAUGCCUCAGAGAAGGCACUUCAAGCCACGAGCGAGGUGAUAUCGAAGGGAAAUGCGUCCCAAUGCACGCGUGACGCGAUCGAGAGCCUCGAACGAAGUCACCAGCGCCUCAUGGACAAGGUGGAUGUGUUAUAUGCUUCCCUCAACGUUCAUGACAGGUUCCCUGAGCUAGAAGGAAUCAACAUUGAAUUCGUUCGCACACUUCUCUUAGCACGGGACCUGAAGAUUAACAUCCGGAAGUGCGCAAUUGGGAGCUUCUUCGAGUGGGACAAACUCGAUCGUGCUGUCGGCGGCACACAACAAGCAUUAGGGACCAAACUUCACCAGCAAACCCGAAAGGCCAUAUCAAAGCGACAACCAGCCUUACUGGCCGCACUAUGCAAAUUCAAUGGAUACUGCGAACAACUUGAAGAACUAUACGAACCAGAUUGCAGUAUCCCUCUUCCGACCCCUCUCCCUACCAAGCUGAAUGAACUCCGUAAUGAUCAAACAUUGAUGGAGGACAUUUGGAUUACACCUUCAGUGGGCGACGUUCCUCGUUGGCUGGAUGAUCAGGAUGUCCGUGAUGGGAUACGCGCUAUGUUAAAGCGUGAUAGAUGCAUCGAGGAGCAGAGACAGCUUGGGCUAGAAGCUGACAACCUUUGCAGGUGGUUUGGCGAUGAACUCGCUGCAAUAGAACUCGCUCUACAGUUGCCUGGAAGUGUAUUUUCCAUCUUACUGCAUCAGCGGCGGGAGCAUCUCCGACAUCUUCAAAUUUGCUGGUCCAACCCACUUGCGUCACCAUUACAAUUUGAAUCUCGCGCAAGACAUGCUGAAUCAUUGGCGAUGCGGAUCUCAGGUGCCUCCCAAGAAUGUGCACUUCACUGGGUUCCAUUGAUAUCAUGCACCACUUCCAUGGAGGAGGAAGAGGGCGCAGAGGAUCCGGAGGUUACCACUACGUUUUUCGAUGAUCCUCCACCUGAACACCUUGCCCUCGAUGACAUCAUAAACGUUGACACUCUUGACAGUGAAGAUGAAGAGGACAUCGAUAUCCCAGCUGACCCUCGUGCUCUCAUCACCUGGCACACUCCCAAGGUAAUCAUCAUUGACGCAGUACCGCUGAUGAAUGAGACUACCGUUAUUAUCCCUGGAAUCCUCAGAACUUUGGUAUGUCCCGCCCGCGAUGCAUUCCCACAGCAAAUUUUCGAACCAAAGGACAUCAAGAUCCUCGCAUCGCCUACUGCACUACUGAACGAUAGCCUCAUCAACGGUUGUGCAGUGUUGCUUUAUUUAGACUAUUUACAGGCUUCUCCCGCUGUCCAACAAUACACGAUUUUGUCCACACACGACCUCCCCCGCAUUCGGUACAAUGCAUCAGACGACAUGCUUUGGCGCAACAUAUCACGGACUAAAUAUUGGGCCAAGGAUGUAUGGAUCAUACCAAUUCAUAGGCCCUCGGGUGUCGGUCAUUGGGUCUUGUGUAUUGUGCACCUCCAGAGCAAGGAGCUUCAUCUCUUUGAUAGCUUCGCUGAGCAACGACCUUGGAAGAGUGAAGUCAAAGACGUCAUGAAAUUGAUUGUUCGGCUUUUCAACAUCGCUCGGCAACAUCAAUGUGUGUUCAAAGUCGACGUUGACUUCUACGGUUGGGUUGCGCGACCGCUGAUAACUAAUGGCUAUGACUGUGGCAUAUGGGUGCUUGCAAUGAUCACAGCAACUUUGCAUGGAUGCCAUUGUACGGGUUUGAAAGAAGACCAUAUGUCUGCAUUUCGUCACUACCUUCAUACACUUGUCGUAUUAAUGUGUAAAUAA